CAACCCCGACCGGCUCUCCAUCUCUCUCUCCAUCCAGACCUCCACCCCCGACCGGCUCCCCAUCUCUCUCUCCAUCCAGACCUCCACCCCCGACCGGCUCCCCAUCUCUCUCUCCAUCCAGACCUCCACCCCCGACCGGCUCUCCAUCCCUCUCUCCAUCCACUGCGCUCUCGCCCACCUCGCCCGGCGCCAUGGAGACGGGGGCGUGGCUCACCCUAUUGGCUGUGGUCGUGGCCCUGGCCGGAGUGGGUCAGGCCCUGCAGGAGGAAGGGGUGCUGGAGUCGGGGGAACUUUCGCGGGGAAACUCCGAAGAGCGCUACACAGACCGGCUGGGAGAGGCACUGGAGGGCGGAGACCAGGGGGCACAGGGUCCAGACCAGCGCCUCCUGCUGGCCAUUCUGCACUCGCUGCUCCAGGGCUCUCAGCGGCACGCCCGCGACCCCUCUGUCCUUCACCAGCCACAGCGGUUUGGGCGGGGCGCGCGGGGGACUCUAGCGGGCGAGGGCCGGAUACAGGCGCGCGUCCCGGGGCAGAUCUGGAGCAUGGCCGUGCCCCAGCGGUUCGGGAGGAAGUAGGCCACGGCGCAGAGACACUGACGCUCACGAGAGAGAGAGCACAAGAAACCGAAAAAACAAAAAGAUAUGAAGAAAAAAAAAAAGUUUAUGAAUAAAACAUACCCCACUCUCGUUUUUUAACGAACACCACCCACACUUUCCCCCCAAACCAAUCAGUUCCAACCCAUUUGGCCUACACACCCCUCCCACCUACAACAUCCCACUUUUCCAGUAACCAAUCGCAGAGGUCUGCUGCAUCCAGGGUGCCUUUCCUGCAGCCAAUCGCAGACCUCCAGUGUGUCCCGGGGGGCCUUCC